GUUGCGCCGCUAAGCUUGCCAGCCCCGGGAAACGGGCCGUUGGCGCGGCGGCAGGCCCGCCAAACACCGUUGUGGACAUCGGCCCCAGCAGCGCCGACGGUUGGGCAGCGAUCCGGCAGCCUGCAGGCCCCGCAGCGGCCUCAGACAGGGCAGCUUCGUCCACCGCACAAACGGCAGCUACAAGGCUCGGCGGGCGACGCGCCGGGCCGCAGGACUCACCCUUUACUAAGCCGCAGCCCAGGCCUCAACCAGCAAGCCCAGCCCCGCGGCCGCCGCAUCAUACCGACAAGAUGGAAAACGUACCUAUUUUAUACAUCAACCUCGACCGCUCGAAGGAGCGCAAGGUCCGCAUGGAGGAGCAGUUCAAGCAGUUUAAUAUAAAGAACUACAAGCGCGUGCCGGCCUUCGAUGGGAGAAAGUUAUUUUCCGACUCGUCCCUUCGCUCAAAGACGGUAGAGCUCCCGAAGGACAUGAAGCAGUCCUCCGGGGAAAUAGGGUGUUCUCUCUCUCAUUUACGAGCGGCGGAGAUGGCGCUGGAGAUCGACGCGCCUUACGUUUUGGUCAUGGAGGACGACAUUCAUUUAACUUUUUAUGAAAGGCGCGCAGCUCGGCGUUUUGAGGUGUUGCGGUGCCUUCACGCCAUCGACGCGCUUCGUGUCCAUCAGACGAGGUCGUGGCUGGUCUUUUUUUCGAAUUUGGGGCCAAUCGUGACGCUCCGCGCAGGUGGAAGACGAGUAUCGACGAGAUCGUGUCGCAAGCGCCGAAGGACUGGCAGGUCCUGCAGCUCACGAUAAAUAACGUGCGCGUCUUGAGAACGUUGAUGGGUUUAGGAACAGCCUUUGUCCCUUGGCGGAAAAACCACUGGUCCACGGGAGCGUACCUGAUCAACCGGCGAGGCUGUCGACGGACCGUCGAGGAGUUCUGCGCCCCCAAAGGGUCCAAAGCCCACUACAAACUCCCGGGCGGCGUCCAAUUGGUGAGUGACGUGCUCAUGUACAACGGCCCGGGCGCCUACACGUAUACGCGACCGCUCUUAGACCACGAGAUCAAGGAGUCGACGAUCCACCAGGGCCACGUCGAGUCGUGCCACCGGCAGGCCGCGGAGUUGUCGGCAGCUUUCUACGAGCGCAUGGACGUCGUCUGGGCGGGCGGUGCGAUCUCCGCGUUUUGAGGUGUUGCGGCGCCUUCACGCCAUCGACGCGACUCGUGGCCAUCUCACGAUGCCAUGGGUUCAUUUUUGAGGCCGUUCGGACCGAUUUGACAGAAAUGCUCCGCGCAGGCGACGACGCGCGCGCCUCGAUCAGCACUGUGCUGUCCGGUGACUACGCAUCACCCGAAGCGUUGGAGCGACUGGCGUGGUGGCUCGCCUUCCACCUACGACUUGGAGUGAGGUGGUGCUUCCUUUAUGUUAGUGACGCGAAAACGAAGACACACGUCGAAGAGAAAGUGUCGUGGAUCGGUUCCGCCGUUUCCGUCCUCGUGCAGCCGUCGAAGGACGAGUCCGUGUGUGCGCGCGAUGCCACAGCGAGAGCUCGCCUGGCCGGGGCGUCGUGGCUGUUACGUUUAGCCGAACACGAGCUACUCUAUGUCCUACCCGGCAGAAGUCUCCGCAGUGUGUUCGACGAGGCCAAGCGACGGCCCCACGACCAGCGGGGCCGGGGGAACGAUGCCUCGACGAUUUUUAAUGUGCGGUUCGACAGUCUAGAGGUCCAGCGGAAAGCGACGAAGACCGACAAAGAUGCGCUCGACAGCACGUACAAUUUUUUUGAGAAGGAGACGCUGUUCAAACGUCGAAUGAACCACGUCGACGGGCGGCCUUGUUCUUCAUCAGAUGAUAGAGCGUUUUACGAUAUGAGCCCAGAAGCAGCUCGACUGAGACGCUUGCCUUCCCAAUCGGAGGAUGCGAGCAACCUCGCUUCAGCAUCAGGACGGUCUGCCGGCCGCUUGGCGGAGCCCGGCCUCGCGCCCCACAACUCUGCGACUUGGAGGUGCAACCGCGGCGACUCAACACAAGGUGAGGUCGUCUCGACGCGAGCGUUCGUGCUGACCUUCCCCUACUGCCACUUCGACGACUGGCGUUCUAAGUUCCAGACCACCUCCCCGACGUCCACCACAAACUUGGAAUUUAACGAAACGAGUGACGACACUCCGUUCGAAAAAGCGUCGAGAAAAGCGGUACAAGAUCAGAAGAAGGCCCAGAAGGUCUACGCGGACCACGUGUUGCUCCCACAAAAGUCGGCCGAGGACUACGACGCCUCCGACUCGGCGCAGCACGCGCCGCAAGUCUUCGUGAGUCUCCCGCCGGGCUGCGUGCGCGCGGACUGCGGCGGUGCGUAUGUACGUCUUAAGAGAGAUAAUGGCGUCGGCCACGUGCCUCGCGACGGUUCCGCGCUAUAUCAGCAGCAGGGCGGGGCGCACCACUUGUACAGAAUUGCGAAACCGUUUGUCGCGUGGAUGGCGCGAUCUCCGCGUCCCUUGAGGUGUCUUCACUUUGUUGAUGUGACUCGUGGCCAUCUCACUUGCGUGAGAGUGGUUUCUUUUUUGAUUCUGAGCCCGUUCGCAGGUCGGCCGGACGCCUUAUAGCAGUACGGCGGCGCUGGUGGCCCAUGAUCUGGCGUUGCGGCCCCAGGACGUGCGGGCGCCUUGGUCGGCGUUCGACGGGCGGCGGUGGGCGACCGUGCCGGCGGCUCAUGUGAGAUUAGAGUCUCGCGUCGUCGGCCAGAGGCGCUUCGCGUGCAUCCGAGCCGCGUCCGUCGUCGAGACCCACGUCGAUACUUUAAGGGCGCUCAUGUUGGCACCGCCCCGACGGCAGCACGGCAGUUUUGAUAGGCGGAAGCACACGCCAUCCUUCACGUCUUGUACUCCAGCCGAGGCGGCCAAAGCGGGAUCCCAAGAAGCCUGGGUCGCCUCCACCAGAGACGGUUCACCUUUGGGGCAAUUUAUGACGGCCGAGCAGGCGGAACAAGCUGUGGUCUCUGCGAAUAAGAGGAAACAGCGCGAAUCGUACCUGAGAGAAGUCCGAGACAGUGGCGCCGUCGUCGUCGACUUGCCGGCGACCUGCGGCGCCGCGGCCGACGCCUGCGCCGGGGUGUAUGUCCCCCACGACACGGCCAAAAAAGGCUUGCCCAAGAACAGCCGCGCCCGCACGUUCCGUCACGAGGAGGGCGUGCGAUGCAGUGUCGAUACGCGGUCGCAGCGCACGUUUGAGAGAUCGAUCGAGGUCGUCGGUAUCAGAGAAGGCUUUGACGGGUCUCUUUUUUGCUGAAGAGCCGUUUUAUCGCGUUGUCUCAUCACGUACCCACACACAGGCCCACUACCUCUACUUCUACGCGCCCUUUUCGGCCUGGAUGAUUGGGAGUAGACCGGGGAGUGGCUCUGCGGCAUUGAUUGCGUACGACGGGGCGGAGAGGCCUGAUUUGAUAGCUAGAGAUGCGCCGUGGCGGGUCUACGACGGCCGGGCGUGGCGGGAAGUCGCCGACGUGCGCAUUCGUGCUUUAGCUGAUUCAUCAGGCAAGUCGACGCCCGAGACGCAGCCCUGUGCGGCUACGCUGGAAGAUUUGCCCGUGUACGCCUGGACGCCCAAAGGCUCUACAGCUACAAAGUCCUCCGAGGAGGCGUCGGCGCCCAACGACCCCACGGGGCCGCCGUCUUCGUCGAAGCCGUAUUUAGUGUAUUCCUGCUGCGGUGAUAAAGCGGUAUUGCCGUUGUGGCUGCGGAACGGUCCCCGGCAAUUCGAUCUCUGGGCAACUUAUUACGGGGACAAAGACGACGUGCCCUGGAAGAACGACGUCGAUACGUUCCGACGAAGGAAGGGCGGCAAAUUUGAAAACCUCCAGGCUUUGUGUCGCGAGCCGGGCGUCCAAGAUCUCGUCGCGCGCUACGAUGGCAUUUUGGUGCUGGACGACGACGUCAUCAUCGACGCGCCGCGCAUCGAGCUCCUGUUCAAGAUCCGGAAGAGGUGCAACCUGACCGUGCUGCAGCCGGCCUUUGAUCCUCGAGGCAAAGUCAGUCACGCGGUCACGUGCGUGCAGCCCGGCAAUCAGCUACGAUUAACGAACUUCGUGGAGAUGACCUGUCCGCUGUUUGCUUCACAAGCUUUGUGUUCCUUCGUCGACCAGUUCGACGCGGACUUAAAAGGAUGGGGCGCCGACUGGUGGUUUCUGACCGUUUGUAGUAGAGCGAUGCGGGGCGAUGCCAGCAAAAAAGAUGUGAAGGAGCCGCAUCCCCGCCAUGCUCUGCGGGGCGGCUGUGCUGUGGUGGAUGCGAUUACGUGCAUCAACCCGACGGACGCCGAUAAGUCUGGAGUGCGGGAGAUCAACGUGUUGCAGGGGCGGGAGGGUCGUAGAGACACCUGGGCUCGGAUUCGGAGGCGAGAGCAGCUGGACGAGUGGGACCAUUUGCAAUUUGAGGUCAUCGCCCUGGACAAGGACGGGGCGCCGGCGCCGGUCAGCGCGAAGCCGGCUUCUAGACCGGUCCGCAUCGCCGGGACGCGCGCUUAUGAGCUGAGUGCAGCGAAACCUAGAGCGCCGUCGCCCGAGGGGUCCCAGGACAGCGCGACGACGCCGAAGCGGAAGUAGUAGGCCUCUCCUUGACUAAUAUUC